GACGACAGCCCGCUCUCCUCUGCGCCGCACCAGCGCUGUUCGCUGGAAGCCCGCUCCGCGCUGCGUCCACCAAGACUCUCAUCACUGUGUGCGGGAUCUCUUCCAGAGGCGAGCCGCUGAAACUUGCCCACUCUCCACAGUCUGAUUUAGAGGAGCAGCGUCUUCAAGUGUUCCGCACCUCCAUUCAGUACAGACUGUUGUCCCUCUCAGCCACUCAUUGUAUUUCUUCCAAUUUUUUUUUUUUUUUUUGGUAAAAAUUUCUUCUGCUCCCCGAGCUGUUUGUUUGCUUGUAUGCACCUGGAUUGACAGCACGGGAGCGCCGAGAGCAGAUGAGCUCCGCAGAGGCGCACGAGCUGCUGAUGAGUGCGUACUGAGCGCAGAGCAACACCUUGCUGCGUGCCAUGGAAGUGUGUGUCCGGCGCGGGGGGACGCUCGGGCUGAGAGGGGGAUCUGCCGCCUGAGAAGCUCUUUCGGUCCCACACAAGGGGAGCAUGCCUCAGACCUGCAGGAGCUCUGCAGAGGAGUCCCCAUCCGACUGUCAUUUUUACUUUUCAUUUUUGACUUCUUUUUUUUUUCUUCUCCACCUCAACUGAUUUUCAAGAAAGGUGAAGGGAUCAAUGAUGAGCGCCUCUGAGACCAGUUGGGUUGGACUUUUCUAAUCAGAACCUGUUAGUCACAACACAAACCUGUCACUACUCAUCAAUAGCAGGCACCAUGGCAUGCUCCCUGUGGAAACUACACACCUUCUGCUGGUUUCUCAUCACUCUGGCUCAAGUACACUCCACACAAGGGUUCAGUCGAGCUGCCCUGCCAUUCGGCUUAGUGCGGAGAGAACUGUCCUGUGAGGGUUACCCCAUCGAUCUGCGGUGUCCAGGAAGUGAUGUCAUUAUGAUCGAAAGUGCAAACUACGGCCGAACAGACGAUAAGAUCUGUGAUGCAGACCCUUUCCAGAUGGAGAACAUCAACUGCUAUCUUCCAGAUGCUUAUAAAAUCAUGUCACAAAGAUGCAACAAUAGGACCCAGUGCAUCGUAAUCACGGGUUCAGACGUCUUCCCUGACCCCUGCCCAGGGACGUACAAGUACCUGGAGGUCCAGUAUGAGUGUGUGCCCUACAGUCCUUGCCCUACCAGAUUAGGACCAAGAUCACAGAAUCUGUCCUAUCGCAACUGCCCUGAAGUGGAGCAAAAAGUUUUUCUUUGUCCCGGGACUCUGAAAGCUGUCGGUGAUCCUUCCUUUCUGUUUGAAGCGGAGCAACAAGCUGGGGCCUGGUGUAAAGACCCAUUGCAAGCUGGCGACAAGAUCUACUUCAUGCCUUGGACUCCUUACAGAACAGACACUCUAAUUGAGUAUUCCUCCCUGGAUGAUUUCCAGAAUUCUCGACAAACGAUCACCUAUAAACUACCACACCGUGUGGAUGGGACGGGAUUUGUAGUCUAUGACGGUGCUGUGUUUUUCAACAAGGAGCGCACCCGCAACAUUGUGAAGUUUGACCUCCGAACUCGAAUUAAAAGCGGUGAAGCGAUCAUCAAUAAUGCCAACUAUCAUGACACUUCACCGUACAAGUGGGGAGGUAAAACAGACAUUGACCUGGCAGUGGAUGAGAAUGGGCUUUGGGUGAUCUACGCCACAGAGCAGAACAACGGCAUGAUGGUGAUCAGCCAACUGAACCCCUACACACUCCGAUUUGAAGCCACAUGGGAGACCACCUAUGACAAACGCUCAGCCUCCAAUGCCUUCAUGGUUUGUGGAGUACUCUAUGUGGUCCGCUCCACCUAUGAAGACAAUGAAAGCGAGGUCAGCAAGAGCCUGAUCGAUUAUAUUUACAACACCAAACAAAACCACGGGGAAUAUGUUGAUAUCCACUUUCCCAACCAGUACCAGUACAUUGCAGCUGUGGAUUAUAAUCCCAGAGAUAACCAGCUCUAUGUUUGGAAUAACUUCUACAUUCUGAGAUACAACUUGGAGUUUGGCCCACCAGAUCCAGCUCAUGCACCGCCGCUGUCAGAAGUAACCACAUCUCUUCAGUCGCAGAGAACAACAACCACCUCUACAACAACCACACCGCACUGGGGUGUGGCCAACACAACCACCACAACAGUGCUGAAAGAGGGCAGCAGGGGAGCGCAGAGGCCGCCUCCCUUGAUUCCACAAACGACUUCGCCUCCUGUGCCGGAGUCCUUCCCUUUACCGGAGCGCUUCUGCAAGGCAACAGAGAAACGAGAAAUAAUGUGGCCUCAGACCCAAAGGGGCAUGCUUGUGGAGCGACCUUGUCCUAAGGGAACACGGGGCACAGCUUCUUAUUUAUGUGUCCUUUCUACGGGGGAUUGGCACCCAAAGGGCCCUGAUCUCAGCAACUGUACCUCUCACUGGGUCAACCAAGUGGCCCAGAAGAUCCGCAAUGGAGAAAAUGCUGCGAACUUAGCCAACGAGUUAGCCAAGCACACCAAAGGGCCCAUUUAUGCUGGCGACGUCAGCUCUUCGGUGCGUCUGAUGGAGCAGCUGGUAGACAUCCUGGAUGCCCAGCUGCAGGAGCUCAGACCCAGCGAGAAGGAUUCUGCUGGACGGAGCUUCAACAAGCUUCAAAAGAGAGAAAGGACAUGCAGAGCAUACAUGAAGGCCAUUGUGGACACGGUGGACAACCUUUUGCGACCGGAGGCCCUAAAGUCCUGGCAGGACAUGAACAGCACUGAGCAGACUCACGCUGCCACCAUGUUACUGGAUACACUGGAGGAAGGGGCCUUUGUCCUCGCUGACAACCUCAUGGAACCCGCCAUUGUCAAGGUCCCUGCAGAUAAUAUAAUCCUGGAUGUGUACGUUCUCAGCACGGAUGGUCCAGUCCAGGACUUUAAAUUUCCACAAUCAAGCAAGAAUGGAAUCUCAAUCCAGCUCUCUGCCAACACUGUUAAGCUCAACAGCCGAAAUGGGAUUGCCAAGUUGGUUUUUGUGCUUUACAAAAACCUAAGCCAGUUCCUCAGUACGGAAAACGCCACCAUCAAGAUGGCAAAUGAGGCGUAUGGUCGCAACGUGUCUGUGGCUGUCAACUCUGACAUCAUUGCAGCUUCGAUCAACAAAGAGUCGAGCCGUGUAUUCAUUAACGAGCCGGUGAUUUUCACCUUGGAGCACAUUGACAUGGAGCACUACUUCAAUGCCAAUUGCUCUUUUUGGAAUUACUCCGAAAGGAGUAUGACAGGCUACUGGUCCACCCAAGGCUGCAAACUCCUGAACUACAACAAAACGCACACCACCUGCUCCUGCAGUCACCUCACCAACUUCGCCGUCCUCAUGGCACACCGUGAAAUCUCAGCCAACAUUAGGGAGCAUCACGAGCUUCUCCUGUCAGUCAUCACUCGCGUCGGCAUCGUGGUGUCCCUCGUCUGCCUCAGCAUCUGCAUCUUCACCUUCUGCUUCUUUCGGGGCCUGCAGAGCGACCGCAACACCAUCCACAAGAACCUGUGCUUAAAUCUCUUCAUUGCAGAGUUAAUAUUCCUAAUUGGGAUCGAUAUGACGGAACACAGGAUCGGAUGCGCCAUUAUAGCAGGGAUCCUCCAUUUCUUUUUCCUGGCUUCCUUCUCCUGGAUGUGUCUUGAAGGAGUCCAGCUGUACCUCAUGCUUGUGGAAGUGUUUGAGAGCGAAUACUCACGGAAAAAGUACUACUAUGUGUCGGGCUACCUCUUCCCUGCCAUCGUGGUUGGCGUCUCUGCAGCUAUAGACUAUAGGAGCUACGGGACCGAGAAAGCCUGCUGGCUAAGAGUGGACAAUCAUUUCAUAUGGAGUUUUAUCGGACCCGUCACCUUUAUAAUCAUGCUCAAUCUCAUCUUCCUGGUGAUCACAAUGUACAAAAUGGUGAAGCACUCUACCACCCUGAAACCAGACUCUAGCCGACUGGAGAAUAUUAAUAAUUAUCGCGUUUGUGAUGGCUACUAUAACACAGAUUUGCCUGGUUAUGAAGAUAAUAAACGGUUUAUCAAGUCCUGGGUCAUGGGGGCUUUUGCCCUGCUGUGCCUGCUGGGUCUCACGUGGUCCUUUGGUCUCUUCUUCAUCAGUGAGGCCUCCAUAGUCAUGGCAUACCUCUUCACCAUAUUCAACACCUUCCAAGGGAUGUUUAUCUUUAUUUUCCACUGCCUUCUCCAGAAAAAAGUUCGCAAAGAGUACAGUAAGAGCUUCCGCCACACGUACUGCUGUGGCGGGCUGACUGCCACAGAGAGCUCGCAUGGCUCCGCUAAGACUUCAGCCACGCGGACCAGUGCACGCUACUCUUCUGGUACACAGAGUCGUAUCAGGAGAAUGUGGAAUGACACCGUAAGAAAGCAGUCUGAGUCCUCCUUUAUCUCAGGUGACAUCAACAGCACCUCCACCCUUAACCAAGGAAUGACGGGGAAUUACCUACUAACAAAUCCUCUUCUGCGACCACAAGGCACUAACAACCCUUAUAACACCUUACUGGCUGAGACAGUCGUGUGUAACACCCCCACAGCUCCAGUGUUUAACUCUCCAGUGACCUACAGAGAGACAAGACACUCAAUGAACAACGCAGUGAGGGAUACAAGUGCAAUGGAUACACUACCGCUAAAUGGUAACUUUAACAAUAGCUACUCACUUCGUAAUGGGGACUUUGAUGAGAGUGUGCAGGUGGUGGACUGCGGCCUCAGUCUGGAUGAUGCUGCCUUUGAGAAAAUGAUCAUAUCUGAGCUUGUGCACAACAACCUGCGUGCCUGUAACAAAAGUCAGCAACAGCCCUCCAGUUUACGUCACCCCCUCCGCCACCAGCAGCCUCCGCAGUACCACCAUCACCACCACACGGAGCGGGCUCCACCCAAGGUGACGGUGGUAGGUGGCCGCGGCAGUGAAGGCCCCUCCAUUGUGGCUGACGCUUCGUCUUUGGUGCACGUGAGUGACGCAGUGGGCCUGGAGCUGCACAACCAGCAGGACCUGGAGGCGCCUCUCAUCCCCCAGCGGACUCACUCGCUUCUGUACGCACCCCAGAAGAAAGUGAAGACCGACGGGGAAGUGGACACCUUCGUCAGCCAGCUGACGCCCACCAACCCUGAUGAUAAUCUGGAGUCCCCAAACAGAGACUCCUUGUAUACUAGUAUGCCUAAUCUGAGAGACUCUCCGUGUCCAGAGAGCAGCCCCGAUGUUGUGGAGGAUUUGUCCCCCACAAAGGAGAGCGAGAGUGAGGACGUUUAUUAUAAGAGCAUGCCGAACUUAGGGGCUGGCCACCAACUCCAAGCCUAUUAUCAAAUAGGACAGGAGAACCAUGAUGGCUACAUUAUCCCCGUCACAAAAGAAGACUGCAUCACAGAAGGUGACGUACGGGAAGGACAGAUGCAAUUAGUGACCAGCCUUUAAACGUAUUGUAAUCAUCCCCAAACCACCCCACCCUUCACACAGACCUGGAUCCUGGAGGAGAAACUUGUGAAGGGAAAAGGGGAGGUGUUUGUUUUUAUUUUAAGGAGAACUUAGAAGCCCCGUCACGCACGCUCUCCAUUGGCAAACUCCCUCCCCACCCUUCCAUCCGCAACCUUCUUUCUCCACUAAAUCACUCCAGUCUUUCUCUCUUCCCAACAAUCCCAUAGACUCGGAGCACAGCAAUGACGGUGCAAAGUUUUAAAGAGACUGUACAUAAAAUGCAGAGUCAGAUUUCAAUUUUAAGAGACAAGCCAACAAUGUAUUUAAAUGUGCUGCUGCUGUUGAAGAAUUGAGAAAACUUUUAAGAUAAGAAAAUGGAAAAAAAUAACAAAAAAUAUCUAAAAAAUAAAAAAGAAUAAAAAAAAGAGGAGAAGUAAAAGAGCAACAUUUCUAGCUACAUCCUAUCAGCAGUUUUCCUGUCAAAAGGUUGUACAUACAUUCCCCAACAUGUUUUUUUUUACUGUAGAUGAACCUCCAUCCCUGGACCAGAGCACGGACAUGUUUGUGAAAUGCUCCGGAUCAAACAGUUGGAAAAUGAGUAUGAGUUUGUGGCCACUCCCCAUUACGAUGAAGUUUGGAUUGUAAAACCACUAGCAAUCAAGCCCCUGGCCUUAUAUUUUCUCAGCUGUAACUUGAACUGUUGUCAAGGAAAACUGCUCAAAUAUAUAUUUUGUUGUAUUGCUAGUGUAAAAUAAAAAUCCAUGGCAAACCAUAAAUAUAAAGAAACCUUUUAAUUGCAAAAUUUUAACAUUUCAGAGCCUAUUGUGUAGAAGUUGCACAUAUGCUAUACAGUGUGUUUAUGAUUCCAACACUUCAUUCAUGGUUGUACGUUUGAACAUAAAGGCUUUUAAAAGAGAGGAGUCAGCCAACAACAAGGAAUCAUCUUCACAUUUUCCACUUGUGAACAGUGUUUUUUGCUUCAUGAGUUUGGUUGAUAUUGCUCAUUGUAAUGUUUGUAUUACUUUGCCAAAGUGGCAUUACUUUAGUAGAGUGGGAUUAAAACAAAACCCAAUUAAGAUCAUUUUAUGCAUUGCACAGUUUUUUUGUGUAAUCCUAAUCCAAACAGAUAUUUUUAAAAGUCAUACGUAGUGUUGGGCGAGAGUUUUGAGGAUAAAGUUUUUAUCAUAACUGUUGUUCUUCCGCUCGGGUUUGGAUAUUUUAUUUAUUAAAAAUCUUUCCCAGAAAUCAAUGGGAAAUGUGUGAAUAUUUUCCAGCACUGGUAAACAUGCUGUACUGUAGCUCAUGUUUUCUAUGUAAACAUAAGGGGCUCAUCACUUAAGACUGAUGUAAAGUUCAACACUUGUUUAACAAAUACAAUAAAUGUGAGAUUUUUUGUCAAAUGCCAGUUGCUUUUUAAUGGUUUGUGUUUUUGCUACAAUUUUAGAAAAUGAGGUUUGAUUAUUUUGCUAUGGACAAAAAAAUGACACUUUCGACUCAGGUUACAAGUACGCCCCGAGCACCUUGAAAGGUCAGUUGAUUAUGUUCCUGGAGGAUUUAUUUGCUUUAUUUUUUGUUUUCUUCAAUCGCUGCAGAGUAGAGUGAGCUCAUGCCACCGUGUGUUAGAGAAGCCAAAUCAUGUCCAUGUGAUUCAAAGAUGACAAACUCAGGUAGGAGAGUUGCAUUGUAAAUGUUCCUCUGUGUGGUUGUUACACUAAUAAAGGCUCAAAAAUGACACUGGUUGAAA